AUGGAAACUAAAGUCCCAAAGAACUUCAAGGCUCCUGAUAUGACCCCAUACGAUGCUUUUCCGACCACUUUGACCAAGACGGCAAUAAAGUGGUUUGACAGUUUGCUGGCAAGGUCAGUAACAAGCUUCGAUGACCUCGCCCAAAAAUUCUUAGCUAGAUUCUCCAUCCAAAAAGACAAAGCCAGGCAUACUCCAAGUCUGCUAGGGAUUAAGCAAGGAGAUCAGGAAAGCCUCCGCAGUUACAUAGAGAGAUUCAACAAAGCAUGUCUAGACAUACAAAUUCUUCCAACAGAAGCAGCGAUCAUGGGUCUCAUCAAUGGAUUACGAGAAGGACCCUUUAGUCACUCCAUAUCUAAAAAGCACCUAACAUCUCUAAACGAGGUUCAAGAAAGGGCUGAAAAAUACAUCAACAUGGAGGAGAACUCACGGUUAAGAGAUGGCUCAAAGGCCGGAUCCUCUUACCCAUCUCCGGACAAAGAUAAAAAGUCCAGGAAAAAAGAAGAUCAAUCCACUGAGAAGCCUAGAAAAUACCACAACUACACCCCUCUUCGGGUGUCUCUUGUAGAUGUUUACCGAGAAAUAUACAUUACUGAGAAGAUCCCACCACCUCGCCCAAUCAAACCCAAAAGAGGAGGGAAAGUUAGACAGAGUAUUGUGAGUACCACCGAAUCUACAGACAUCCUACCAGCGAAUGCUUCAACCUAA